AAAAAAUUGUUAAGGAAAAAAAUUAAAAAAAUCUUGCGAACGAAUUUUAAGAAAAAAAAGUACGAAAUAGAGAAAAAUCUCAUUUAAAUGAAAUAAUAUAAAGCGAAUAUUUUAAUAUAAUUUUCAACAUAAACACAGCAAAACAAGAAAAAUUACUGAGUAAAACAAAAGACAUAAGAAACAAACCUGCCAUGCUGUGUCAACUACAGAGCAACAACAACCACCGCCACAACUGCAACAACAACAGCAGUAGGUGGCAGGUGGCCACAAUUGUGCAACUACUUUUAGUCACAUUAUUUAUAAAUGCGAUUUCUGCACAAGAAUCCUCAGCGCCAGAAUUUGCUCCCCAUGUAGCGGCCACCUGUAAAGCGGGCACCAUGAACAUCAAAGUCAAAUUAGAUGGUGCCUAUACGGGAGCCGUACAUGCUCGAGAUCAUCGUACAGCUGCCUGUAUGGCUAUGGGCGAUGGCUCGGAUACGGUGGGUUUUAGCCUCAAUCUUUUGGCCAAACAGGGAGCGCCUGACUAUUGUGGAGUUUUGGUCAGCAACGUGAGUGGAUACAAUAAUCGCACCGAGGAGAGAUCUAUACAGUUGGCGGUAAGAGUUCAUAAAACUUUGGAAUUGGCAGAUGAUAAAUUCUAUGUGAUCACUUGUGGCAAGGCCGGUUUUGGCAGGGAUGACAACGCACAUGUAGUUUUGAAAUUCUUGCAGAAUGAUCGACGUAUAAGAGAAACGGUUUAUGGUCAUGAAUACAAAAUACGUGCCGAGUUUACUAAGCCAAAUGGUACCCAUGGCAUACGUGUGGGCAACUGUUUAGCUUUUGAUAAGAAAAAUCUUAGUCUGCCUUUAAUUGAUGAAAGAGGCUGCCCCUUGGACUCGGGCAUUAUCUCGCGUUUUGUACCAAGCACCGAUGGCAACUAUGCUGAGGCCACCAUGAAAUCUAUGUUCAAAUUCCCGGAAGGUUCCGAAGUUCAUUUACAAUGUGAUGUCAUCCAGUGUUUUGGACGCUGUAUCGAUGAAGAAGACUGCACUCAAGUAUCUAUAGCAGGUGCUGGUUAUGUUAAAGGCUCCUCUGUAGGACCACCAAGAAAAACCUAUCCAAAUGAAGAAGGCCAAAGUAUUGCCGGAACAACAGUAUUCGUCUUAGAUCCCGCUGAAGCAUCAUACACUGCCGCUAACUGUGAAGAGGGCAUACGACCAACCUGGCUGUUAUGGCUGGCCAUUACCCUGGGUGUUUUGUUCCUUAUCAUGUUGUUGAUGAAUAUAUUCCUCUGCACAGCCAUGAGUUGUAGUUGUGCCAAUACAGAGAUAAUUGAAAAGGAGCCAUCCAUUAUUGAAGAAUAUGAUCCCUAUAGAAGUUGGCAUGGUAGUCAAUAUGGUUCACGUUAUUCACUGCAUGGACGUGAUGCUCACAAAGGUUACACCAGUGGCGGUUCAACUAUACAUUCGAAUAGGUCAAUACCAAUUGAUAAUGAUCACUAUGCCAUUGUACACUCACGUCCUGGCUCAAGGCAUUCCGGUGUACAAGGAACCCGUGCUCGAGGACCAACGACAAGUUGAAUUGAAAAAUACAUUUUCUUUUAGUUAUUAAAA